AAAUCCUGAAAAGGAAAAAGAAAGCGAUGAAACACAAACACUUGAAUCCAGGGCGAUGUUGUGAUGCGAAAUCUAUGGUCGUGAGUUACGUAUGCGGCGAUGUCAUGUGUUUGACAUCCAGACAUGGCACGCCUUAGAAGUCAGAAGAGAAAUUAAAGAGUUUACGGAACACAUUGGAAUCCCCCUACGUAGUUAGUAGUUACGUGUUUGACAUUAAUAAGUAAUAACAGCCCCAAAGGGGGAAGUCGAAGGUGAAUUGGGAAACCAUGGAUUCGGUUAUGGGCCUGGUGGAUCUGGAGAAGCACUUCGCCUUCUACGGCGCCUACCACAGCAACGAGGUGAACGUUGCCAUCCACACCGUCUUCGUCUGGCCCAUUCUCUUCACGGCCCAAAUCCUCCUCCACUUCACCCCUCCCCUCCUCACGCUAGGGUUCUUUCCCCUCAACCUCUGCUUCUUCUCCACCCUCUUCUACGCCCUCUUCUACAUCGCUAUGGAUCGCAGAGCCGGUUCCCUCGCCGCUUCCCUCACCUUCUUCUGCUACUUCCUCUCCAGCUUCGUCGCCGAUUCCCUCUCCUUUUCCCUCGCUUGGAAGGUUGUGUUGCCUGCUCAAUUGCUUUGUUGGACUGGACAGUUUAUUGGUCAUGGUGUGUUUGAGAAACGUGCACCGGCUCUGUUGGACAACCUUGUGCAAGCUUUUCUGAUGGCGCCUUUCUUCGUCUUGCUUGAGGCCCUACAAUCAUGUGUUGGAUAUGAACCGUAUCCGGGAUUCAAUACAAAGGUGAAGGCAAGGAUAGAUGCUGAUAUCAAACAGUGGCAGGAAAAGAAACAAAAGAAGCAUUCUUAGCUUCAAAAGGUUAUUUACGAAUGUAUUGUUGUAGAUCACUCCAAAAGAAACAAAAGGAAAAAUAAGUAUUUGUAUUAUAUGGACACACUCUUGAAACUAUUGCUUACUGUGAGAAGUCUGGUGUCAAUCUCAUUCUUGUGUUAAAGGAAAUAUUGCUUUUGGUGUUCAUCCCCCACCCCCCUUUUUCCACAGUCAACACUCUUUUAGUGAUUGUUCCGAUGCAGAUUUGUAUUUCCUUAACCUUGGAUUUGGCCUCAAAAUACAUCAUUUUUAGUGUCA